AUGAAACAACGUUAUGAAGAUGGCAUGACUAUUGUUCUUAAUGGCGGUAAACCAGAUAUUUUUCUAACAAUGACAUGCAAUCCUUCUUGGAGUGAGAUAACAUCAGAACUUUUGCCUUUUCAAACACCACAAGAUCGUCCAGAUUUGCUAACAAGAAUAUUUCGUUCGAAAUUUGAGAAAUUGAAGGAUGAUGUUAUUAAUAAAGGAGUCUUGGGUAAAGUUAAAAGCUACAUGUAUGUCACUGAAUUUCAAAAGCGAGGACUGCCGCAUGUGUAUAUGUUGUUGGUCUUAGAAAGUAACGAUAAGUUGCGUGACCCAAAAGAUUAUGAUAGUAUGGUAAGAGCAGAAAUACCUAAAUUAGAAUGUGAACCACAGUUGCAUGAAGUUGUUAUAAGACAUAUGAUCCACGGACCUUGCGGCAUAAUCAAUCGAAAGUCUCCAUGUAUGAAAGACGGACAUUGUCAAAAAAGGUAUCCCAAACAAUUCUUGGAUGAAACACGUCAAGGCACUGACUCAUAUCCCGAGUAUAGGAGAAGGUUUGAUGAGUCUGUAUCGUUAGGUAGAGAUAGGUCUGUCGAUAAUAGAUGUGUGGUUCCUUAUAACCCUUGGUUACUGUUAAAGUAUGAUUGUCACAUCAAUGUAGAGAUUUGCAGUAGCAUUAAAAGUAUCAAGUAUCUAUACAAAUAUGUGUACAAGGGCCCUGAUCGUGUGGCUAUGGAGGUUCAUAAAGGAUCAUACGUGGAUGAAGUUCAGCAAUAUGUUGAUGCAAGAUGGAUUUGUGCUCCCGAGGCAUUAUGGAAAAUAUUUCGAUUCACUCUUUACCGAUUAUAUCCUUCGGUUGAAAGAUUGCAGAUCCACUUGCCGAACCGCCAUCAAGUGCGCUUUUAUGAUCAUCAGCAAAUUGCAGAUGUGUUAAAUAAUGAACGCAACUCCAAAACAAUGCUCACACAAUUCUUUGCAUUGAAUCUACGAGAUCCACAAGCAAGAAAGUAUCUGUAUAGAGAGAUUCCAGAGCAUUAUUGUUGGAACAAGCGGGGUAUGGAAUGGCAUCGUAGGCGAUCAACAAGAAAAGUUAUCGGGAGAAUCUAUACGGUAUCACCUUCGGAGGGAGAUAAGUUUUACUUGCGACUGUUGUUAUCGCAUGUCACAGGUCCAACCAGUUGGGAAUAUCUUAUUACAAAUAACGGCAUGACUUUCAGUACAUUCAAAAAAUCAGCCGAGGUUAGGAGAUUUCUAGAGACUGAUCAUAGUAUUCGUGAUUGUUUGGUUGAGGCUACGAGUCUCCGAAUGCCAUAUGCUUUACGAAGGUUAUUCGUGACGAUUUUAAUAUUUUGUGAACCUACUGAUGUUAGAGGCCUUUGGAAUGAGUUUUUUACACAUAUGGUAGAGGAUUAUCAAACAGCUAACAAUGUUGUGGAAUCAGACUUAACUAAUAUGUUGUUGAAGGACUUGAAUGAACUCUUAAACCUGCACGGUAAAAAUAUUGAUGAUUAUGAUCUCCCAUCUUUACCCCCUAAUACAAUAGACAGAGGUGAAGUUCCAAGUAUCAUACAAGAGGAGUUAGCGAUCGAUAUCCCCAAUGAAGAUAUUGAAUCUAUUGCUAAGUUAAAUAAUGAUCAAAUGAUUGCAUUCAACAUCAUUAUGAAUGUAAUUAUUCAAAAACACAGUGGGGUAUUUUUUGUUGAUGGUCCAGGAGGAACAGGUAAAACAUUCCUUUAUAGAACAUUAAUGGCAAGUUUAAGAAGUAGAGGAGAAAUUGUCUUAGCAACUGCAUCAUCUGGUAUAGCUGCAACAUUGUUACCCGGUGGUAGGACUGCACACUCUCGAUUUAAGAUCCCUAUUGAUAUUCAACCGAGUUCCAUUUGUGGUAUUGAAAAGCAAAAGGAUCUUGCAAAUCUCAUAAGAGUUGCUGCCACAAUAAUUUGGGAUGAAGCACCAAUGACAAACAAAAAUUGUUUGGAAUCCUUAGAUCGAUCAUUACAAGACAUUUGUAGCAACAAUGCUCCAUUUGGUGGAAAAGUUCUGAUCAUGGGGGGGGGGGAUUUUCGUCAAGUUCUUCCUGUUGUAAGAAAGGGUACUAAGGCAUAA